GUGUGUUGGGGUUGUGUCCGAUGUUCCGCGAACCAUCCCUGGAGACACAUCAAGAACGACGCACCAUCCACACUUUUGACCCGCGGGCAGUUUCCAACAACGACAGCAGUGCGCAGAACACCACCAUUUUGUCAUCAGCCAGAGCGUAUUCCCUACCCAAGGCUUGCAACAAAUACCCGGCGAAGUCUUCUGCUGCGAGGGCGGUCGAGUUUCCGAUCAUCAGUCGGGAAAACACACACAAACAGGAGGGCGUUGCGGCUUGAAGAGCCAGUACAUUGCGACGGGCAGAGGCAAUGUCGCGGCGAAUUACUUUCUUGGGGGUGAUACGGUUCACGGACCGGGUGCUGGUGGCGGGAUACUCUCCGUCGGAGGCAGAUGACUCCCUGAUCAUCAAGGAGCUUAUGUCCAACCCGGACACCUUCGUGGAGCCUCGCAAGCGCUACUCCGUGGAGGGCCGCAUGUUCUCCAUCCACUUUGUCGCGGACGACAGCAACCGCAUCUACAGCUGCGUGACGGACAAGGAGUACCCUGCGAGAAUCGCCUUCACCCUGCUGGAGGAGGCACAGACCAAGUUCCUCACCAAGGUGGGGGACAAGUCGCUCACCGCUAAGGAGGGAGGCUUGUCGCGCACGAUGAAGUCAAGCUUCUCGGACCUGUGCAUCAAGUAUGACGACAUCCGUAACGUGGACAGGAUGGCAGCUGACAAAGUGGACGUUGUGAAGGUGACCAUGCAGGACAACAUCCAGCAGAUGCUUGCCAACGAGGAGCGGCUAGACCAGAUCAGCGAAAACGCUGAGAACCUGAACGAACAGGCAAAGGUGUUCCAAAACCGCUCCUCCGCGCUCCGGAGGCAGAUGAGGUGCAAGGCGAUCAAGAUGUGGUUCUUGCUGGCCUUGGUGGUGAUCAUCCUGCUCAUCAUCAUCAUCGUGCCAAUCGCACUGCACGCCAAGAACAACAGCGACUAGGGGCCAAAGUGGUGUGCACGGGGCAUGCAUGUGGUGCACUCACUGCAUGGCGCCCGUUUCUCCAAUAUAUCUCGCCGGCGAUAAACCUGAAGCCCCGUCUUCUAGGCGGAGCGUAACAUCCAGUGAAGCAUGUUGGUAUUUUCUGAGCGUCUAGCACCUCCCGUGAUCGAUUUCAAGUACCCAGAGAAAAGCGAAGGUUGCAGGACUGCUGCCGUGCAUACUUUGCCACGGGAAUAAAGGACGCAGUGUCUUUGGCAGCUGGCUUGGUUGAGUAAAUGCGAAAGGGCAUGGCGCUCUAAUUGCCCGGUCUCCGUUCCGUUUUGCUGGUUUGGACGAGGAAAGAAGUGUGCGCAGAGCGGAACAAGUGGGGCCUAACGUCGUAGGAGAUGUGGGCGGUUGGUUCACUGCAAAGCUUUUAGGCGUCUCCCGGCGAACAGGCGUUCAGCGCGCCGUGUUGCUUUAGUACCUUCGUGUUACUCCCGUGUAGAACGCAGCAUCCAUGCGCUCUCGGUUGGGCGCAGCCGAUAAUGAUGUGUGCUGGCUACUUGCAUUCAGCCGAGUGAUGUGUUGGCCGGCGACGCCGAUGCGAUGUGGCGUGGCGCCAGCUAGUUGCACUGCUGUAGCGUGUGAAUCCUGAUUCCAGCAGUCCGUGACCGGUAUAUUCUUCCUUGUUUUUUUCGCCUUUGCCUUAUGUGAGUGAUAGUAUCACCACAUCGAGUAGAGCGAGGCACGAUGUCUCCUCAUGAGGACAGGAAGUAUCAACACGGGGAGGGGCGCGAGGAGGUCAUUGCUUGAAGUUCAACUCUCUGCGUGUGUUUUAUAAGAGGGGAAGGAUGCUGAUGUUUGGCGUGCUCAUGGAGAACUAAUGGACCAGUGCGCAUGUCAACUUAUAUGUAUUUUUUUAAUGCAAGGCGACUUCUUGGUGUGGGUUUCGAUGUCAAGAAUGAUAUGCCUAGAAACGUCGACUCUUUUGUCUGGUCGAAAACCGAAAUGUCCAAUCUCUGUGCCGCUUGACUAACCCUGGUCAAGUGUGAGACUUGCGAGCUUACAUAGGGAGCCAAAUAAUGAAGGAAGUCGAGCGCCUUCUUGAGCACAAGAGCACCUGUCGAAAUUGGCCAAUCACAAAACUGCGGGGAUGCUGUUGUUGCGCAUGUCGAGACUCCGCAAGAGAUAUUAACACUUG